AUGUCCCUUUCUGAUGGAACACUUGAUGAAGAAAUGAGACCUGAUAUACUGUUGACAGGUACAGCAUAUUCUGUCCAGUCAAUUGCGGACAAGCUCCUUCGAUGUCCUUGUAGAAUCUGCAAAAACAAUUACUUUGCUGAUCAGAUAUCUAUAAUGGAGCAUCUCAUGCUGAAUGGAAUAUGGAAAGAGUACAGAGUAUUGGAUCAUCAUGGAGAGAGUGUGUCGGAUUCAGAAGACAGUGACGACAACAUGGAAGAUCAUGAUGACUAUGGUCUGCGUGAGAUGGUGAAUGAUUUUGGAAAUGCUGUGAAUAACAACUUGGGAUCAUUUGAUGGUUCAUCACCUUGCUUGCAGGAUGACACGACCGCAUCUACAGGUCCUACUGAAGAAGCUAGCAAAUUUUAUAGACUUCUUGAAGAGGCAGACAAUGAGCUGUACCCAGAAUGCAGUACCUUCUCUACACUAUUGUUCAUUGUGCAAAUGAUGAACAUCAAGUGCCUAUAUGAUUUGAGUGGAAAUGCAAUGGAUGCUCUAUUUACUCUGUUUUGGAAGGUUAUAUUUGGGAAAUCUGACAAGAAAAGGAAACGUUCCAGCACAGUGAAAGCAUUUUGUGAGUUCUUGACAAAAAUCAAAGUCCCAGAUGGUUAUUCUGCAAAGACAAGAAUCAACAGGCCAAGCCGUAAUGAUGAUAGUGGUGAUAACAAUAGCAACACACAGCUCCAGUUUUUUGCCAAAAUUGGAAGAUGGCUUAUUGGGAAUAGAUAUUGUGAGAUGGAGAUGAAUGAAUUGAACAAAGCACAAGCCUACGUUCUAAAGAACUGUGAAGAGGCUUCUCCAUAUACAGGCAUUCACAAGGAAUAUUUAAGGACACAGAGCACCAAAAAUGUAGACAAGCGGCAUGAGAAAGAGUUCUUUCAGUGGUUCAAGAACCAUAUAUCAACUAUGUAUUCCAAAGGAGAUCCUUCUGUUUCUGAUGAAUUGUUUGAUCUAGCAAGAGGACCCGAUACUAGAGUGACACAUUUCUCAAGUUAUAUGGUCAAUGGAUGGAGAUUUAACACAAGGGACAGAGACGCCCUAUUUCAAGCACAAAACAGUGGAGUAUUUGUCAAGGGCGAUGAAGGAACUGGAAACAAAGAUUACUUUGGUGUCUUGACAGAUAUUGUGGAGCUUUUAUAUGGGACUCAUAAGGUUGUUCUUUUUAAAUGUGAAUGGUGGGAUGUACAUACAACAAGGGGAGUUAAAGAAGAUAAGUAUGGGUUCAUAAUGAUAAAUACUACUCGCAGGCUGUCAACAGAUGAGCCAUAUGUUUUGGCUUCGCAAGCAGAGCAAGUAUAUUAUGUGAAUGAUACUCAAGAUCCAAAAUGGUAUGUCAUGGUAAAGACUAAACCUCGUGAUUAUUUUGACACUCCUCCCACAGAUGAAGAAGAUGCCACUACUAAAUCAAGUAAAUCCAGUCCUGAAGCUUGCCAAGAAAAUGAAGUAAUAACUGUGCCGAAUCCAAAUACAAUAGAAGAUGAUGACACAAGUAUAUUGGACACACCUCAAGUUGAAGCAGAAGCUGAAGGUAUGUCUGUGGCUGUGGAAGGUAAUCCGAUACUCCAUUACGAGGGUGACGUUGAGGAUGAAGAUGAGCAACAAGAAUCUGAAAGUGAUGACAGCGAAGGUGGUGAGUACAUGGAUUCAGAUGACGAAGACAGUGAAUCAGAAGAAGAAAUAGAUGAUGACUAG